AUGGCUUCUGUCACACAUGACGCCGUUUCCUCACAGGAUAGCAGCUAUGGGAGGUUCUAUUUCACAUACGGGAGUAACAUGCAUCUUCAGCAGAUGGCACAACGUUGUGAAGAGAGCAUUCUCUACUCGAAAGGCCGACUGAAAGGUUACAAAUGGCAAAUCAACAGCCGUGGGGGCGCAAAUAUUGUCAGAGGAAAUGAUGCAGAUUUUGUCGAGGGCCUCAUUUUCAUUGUAUCCUCACGUGAUCUAGAUUCUUUGCGGAAGUAUGAGAAGAUCUCAGAGGGAUAUUUUGUGGAAAAGGAAAUCGACAUCAACAUCGAGAAACUAUCAAUCCUCGCUUUCGAAAGACAGAAGACGACCAGAAUUGCCGAAGAAAUAGCCAUGUAUCGGGCCGAAGUUGGAGCAGGAGGACCAUUGGGAUCUUGGCAAGCCCGUCUGAAGAACGAAAAGCGUACUAAGGAGAAUACAUUUGAAAACAGUGUAGCUCGCAAUGUUUUGGUAUACGUUGUCCCUGAAUAUUGCGAGGAUGGACUAGCAUACAAGAAUGAAUACAUCCUCUGGUAUUUUGUUGAGAAAAUGAAUCCGAAAGACUAG